AUGUUUAGUGGCAAUAAAAGAACCUGCAUCCGAGAACCGAUGUUGGACACAGCUCUUGAGGCCAUCAUCAUAGAAAAUCCCGAUCAAAGUCAACCAGCAGGCGUUAGGAAAUGGCACAAGAUGAAAAGCGUUGGGAAGGCCAAACCUGGAAAACUGGCUCAACACUUCUCCUCACAAAGUCAUAAAGCUUCUCUGGGUGCUUAUUGUCACUUCCUGCAGAAAACAAAGCAUAUCGACGCCCAACUAGAUAAGAAAAUACGCGCAGCACAAAUUCAAGAAUCACAAGACAUGGAAUAUAAUCGCCAAAUUAUCACCAUCCUUCUUGAUGUCGCGAAGACACUUGCUCGCCAAGCUCUUCCCUUCAGAGGUGACAGCAAUGAAGAUGGGAAUUUUAUGCAAGUGGUUCUUUUGUUAAGCAGGCACGUACCAAACUUAAAGCGGUGGAUAUGUGACAAAAGGCUGAAUCCAUAUCACGCGACCUAUCUAAGCCCUCAGUCACAGAACGAAUUUAUCUCGUUGCUUGAGAAGGAACUGCGUGUGAGAGUUGUCGAAGAUGUCAAAUGUGCAGACAUGUUUUCCGUUAUGGCAGAUACUACACCUGAUGAAGAACACACAGAUAGGCUCUCGGUUGUUCUAAGAUAUGUCAGUCCGAAUGGAGAACCAAGAGAGAGAUUACUGGAUGUGACAAAGACAGAGGACAAGACAGGUCAUGGGCAAGCACAAGAUAUCAUUUCUACAAUAAAGCGGUCUGGUUUGAACACCGAUAGUCUGUGCUUUCAAUCGUAUGAUUUCGCUGCCGCAAUGUCCGGGGAAUUCAAUGGUGCUCAGAAGCAUUUGUCCGAUCUUGUUGGACGUGAGAUCCCAUAUGUACCAUGUCAAGCCCACCGCUGCAACACUGUACUUGAGCACGGUUGCAAUGCAAGCCCCAUUAUUCAAGAAAUGUUUGAGGUACUACAGGCCCUUAAUGUAUUUUUCACGUCGAGUACAAAACGGUUUCAGCCAUUGAAAGAAGAAGUCGUCAAAGUCGAGAAUUGCCUGAUGCUCAGAAACCUGUCCAAAACCGGAUGGAUUGCGAGGGCGGAAAGUAUUCAAGCUGUAUGGGUAUCCUUCCAAGUCAUUGUUGAUGUGUUACACGCAGUUGCAAGCAGCGAGGGCGCAGAUGCAAGCACAAAAACCCAGGCGCUUGGUUUAAGAAAAAAAAUGCUCUCACUUAAAUUUGUCAUUGCGCUGAUGUUCAUGAAAAAUGUUGCAUACAAUAUGAAGAGUCUGGUGGUGCAGUUACAAUCAACUGAACUCAACAUCUUAGAUGCCACUGAUCUUGUCGAGGGCACGUUGAGUGUCAUGCAGAAGUUGCAAGAUGACGACAAAGCGAUGGGCAAUCAAAUUGAGGCAUCCACCACCUUCGCCAGGAGCAUUGGAAUUGACCCUGAAAUUGAUUUCCACCAUCACCAUCGCCCAAGGAGAGUGCCUAGACGCCUGGACGAGCAACCUGAAAGUGCUGCAGCACUUUCCUUAUCGGCUUUUUAUAAAAAACAGUUUCGUGAAGCCCUUGACGUUCUCACAACUCGAAUGAAAGAACACUUGCUACAGUGCAAGAAGCGCAUUUUACCUUUGUUGGAGUGUCUAAAGCCACCAAUUGAUGCGUCGCAUGUUCAGUCAGCCAUCACACUAUUUCCACCUUCACUGUCGCCUGAUGCAUUAGCUUUAGAAGCUGAAUUGCAGGUAUUGUCUGAGCUAUUACCUUCUGAUGUGGGAACCGACUGUACCAAAGUAGUUAAAGUCAGCGAAUCCAACAAAUUGUCACUUCCAUUGGCAAAUUCCGUGGUCAGAUUAAUGCUUACAGCUCCUGUGACCGUCGCCUCAAAUGAACGCCCAUUUAACAACGGAAUAAACACGCUAUAG